CUUGAGAGAUCGCUUUCAAUAAAACGCAAAAAGCGAAAAUGCUUAAGGGCACUACGUACCUUGUAAUCAUCUUACUCUUGCUAAUACAGCUUAUUUCAUGCUUACCGAGACCAUUUUCCUCCGUUUCAGUGGAUUCCAUUCUGCUUGGAACAACAACGAUAUCUCCAUCAGUUGGUGAAAAUGCAGUGCCAAGCGGUCACAAUAGCUUUGAGGAAGCGCUCCGCAAAGGCUUAUUAAAUAUUUUUAACUUGGAUCUGCAAGGAACCAAUAAAAUAGCCAAAGAUGUGCUUGCUGAUCCUUCUAUGUAUAGUAUUGAUAGUGAAGCCAUGCAGGAAGAAUUAAGUGCACUCAGAAAGUAUGUGACAGACUCUAAGGAAGUUUUAAAUAAGGUUUUGCCUGCCGACCAUUUUGAUUCGAACACUUUUUUCUUGUUUGUAAAGGAUGCACAAAACGUUGCUCAUCGUUUGAGUAGAUUUCAUUCUUUUAAGAUCAAUCCACUUACACCGGAACAGCAGGUAACAUGGGAUGCUUUAAAAAAACAUGGCUUUUUGGAAUGCGAUGAAGAGAUGCAUAAACGUGUGAACGAAUAUUUACGCGACUUGGUAGACGAAUUCGAAAAAUAUGUGAAAACACUCUCAGCUGCCGAAAAAGAGAAGGAUAAAGAUAUGAAAGAUAUGAUGGCAGCAUGGAAUGCAUACACAAAGAAUGAGACUAGUAAAACUAAGUUUGCGCAAAGAUUGCUUCAAAUAAAUUUGAAGUUACAGUAAACAUUGAUAAGGUGCUUAGGAGACCGAUGAAACACUGUUCUUGGAAAAUGUCAUUGUUCAAUAUCUAUUCUAACUAAAGAAAUAUGUUGAUUAAAAAAUAAAGAGUGAUCCAUUUCGAGGUUCCGAAGCGAGAGUGUCCGCAUA